AUGGCUGCAGAUGCAGAAUCUGCUCCGGUGAUGGACCUUCCGAAGUCUCCUGCAUUAGAACCAGGGGGUCUCGAAGAGAAUCCAUCCCCUUCUCCUUCAGCCUUAAUGUCACAAGCUCAUGAUUCAAUUCCUAGUCCUACAACGGGACUUAUGACUGACGAAGAUAGAGAUGAUGAGGAUGCUGAAAUUGGCAACGUGCCAGGUGACGAUGAAGGUGAUGAUGGACAUGAUUCCAUGGAUGACAUCACUACUUUCGAUGAUGCUCCCAAGGCUCCAUCUAAUAAAGCAUCUGAUUAUACUCCUUUUUAUCUCACCGGUUCGCCUCCUUCCAAGACUACUGCUGCUACUACCUCAAAGCAGGAUCCAGCACAAGUAUUGGCUCCUCCCCAGGAGCAACAUUUACCCGGAUCACCUACGGCAACUGCUUCACCUGUAGCAUUGCCUGAAACUAUUGACGCAACCCCUUCUCUAGAACAACAGCUCGUACCGGUGUCAACUCCCGCGCAAGAGCAGCCUCUGCCUGCUUCGUCUUCGGCAGCUGCCUCACCUGCCGCGUUGAUGAAGAUCUCACUUACACCAACAGAGGCGAGUCCCAGCACAUCUCAGGCAAGGGCAAUGAUGGCUUUGACCUCGAGCCCAUCACAAUUGAAUGUUUCUACCGCCUCUGCAGCUUCAGCGCCUGGCUCCCCUGCACCAAUUUCAAUGGCUCUGGGAGCAUCUUCAAGUCUCGCGGGUGCACCUGAGUUCCUUCAAAUCUCUUUGGUGUACUUGAAUAGCCUUGCAAAGAAGGUGAUUGAAUAUGUGGUAGGUGGUCAGGGCACUUUUAAUUCUUUUCGACAUCUUCUAGAAGCAAACUUAAACGGAGUCAGAAGUGUGGGAAACACUCCGUGGUUUGAACGCUGUUCUGAGAUUAUUCUUCAUUUGGAAGAACAAUUGCAGCAUUUUGAGGCCCUGGGGCGCAGAGAGCUUCAGUCCGAGAUCGUGUCCACUUUGGCCAGUCUUCAGGUUGCAGAAGUGGCUCGCCGGGAGGCGAUAGAACGGGACUUGGCUGAAAGAGAGCGUCAAAUCACGGAGCUUCGCGAGCGUAAUAUUCAGAAACGAGAAGAGUUAGAACGCUCGACUACUUCCAUGAACUCGCUUCGUGAUAGACUUGUCGAAGCUGAGGCUGAAGUUCUGCGGUUAAAGGCUGAAUUUGCCCGCGAAGAAAAUGUUAUCAAUAUCCUUAGCACCCAAAACGCUACGGGUACUCUUGAAUAUCACACGCAGGCUCGAGCUUUGGAACAAGCCAGGAAUGAAGCGGCAGCUAUCAUCAUUCCCAGUGAGGAAGAGCUCCGGGCAAGGGCUGAAGCUAUGGUGCGCACCACUCACGAAGAGGAGCUAAACAAAGUUAGGGUCCAACUCACGUCUUUUGAUUUGAUGCGUGAAUGA